AUGGCAUUGCAGAGCAGUAUGUCAAUAGCACCACCAGUACCAUCUUCAGGAGGAACAAUUCCACUAGCUUUGCUGAUUGAAUAUGGCCUUCAGAGAACAUACCAUGAACUGGCCAUAUUAUCAGAGCUGUUACCCAGGAAGACAGAUAUGGACAGGAAGAUUGAAAUUUUCCAGUUUGCGAGCCGCACACGCCAGCUGUUUGUGAGACUGUUGGCUUUAGUCAAAUGGGCCAACAGUGCUUCUAAAGUUGAUAAAUGUGUGGACAUUUGCAACUUUCUAGAGCAGCAGUCCAUGUUUUUUGUGGAGACUGCCGACAGCUUACAUAAAAUGGCCAAAGAGACUCUGGCUUCAGCCAGGCUGCCAAGCUUCUCAUUGCCAAGUGCUAUUGAUGUGCUCACAACAGGAACCUAUCCUCGACUUCCCGCCUGCAUCAGGGAAAGAAUUAUCCCCCCUGAUCCAAUCACACCACAGGAGAAAGCUCAGACUUUGCAAAGACUUAAUGAGGUCAUUCAGUACCGGCUUGUUUCAAAUGAACUGCCUAAACAAAUGAGGAGAUUGAAAAUAGAUCAAGGAAGGGUAAAGUUUUUUGUGGAGCAUGAGUUUGAGGUUUUGCUGUGUUUCAGGUCCAUUACAUCCAUGAGCUGGCACAGUCAAGGUUGCUGCAUGUUGAUCACCCUCUGCAUGAUCUGUAUAAAGUGUUGCGUAUCCUUUUGUUGA